CUGGGAGGUGGGUGGUGCUCAGAGGUGUGAUGGAGUGGGCCGUUGGGGAAGUGUGACUGGUUUGCAUGGUCUCACUUGUCACUGCAACGUUUUGGAAAGUUUUCUCGGCAGCGAACUUGUUCCCUGUUUCCUUUUUGUUUUUUUCUUAGUUAAUGCUGACGCCAUGGGAGGUAGCGGGAGUACAAAACGCGUCUCCUUCGAAGCAGAUGAGAAUGAUCAGAUUACUGUCGUGAAGGGCAUUAGGCUCUCCGACAGUGUCAUUAGCCGUAUGCGGGAUGCUUCUUCACCGGCUGAAAAAUCCCAGUCGACACCUGCAGGACCAUCGUCAUCUACUGGAACUUGUCCGCCUUCUCCAGUCCAACCAAUAGUUACUGAUGACGAAGUCAGAAAACGAAUGUCCAAAGAGUCGGCACAAGAACGGAACGAGCAAGAUUUGAGACUGCAAAAGAGGCUUGAACAUGAUAAACCGUAUGUUCACGAUGAGAUUAGUAAGGUUCUUCAACGUGAGCGAGAUGCAGCAAGCGACAAUCUUAUAAAAGCUAUUUUGCGAGAGAGAGCACUGACUGAAGAGGAACGUGUGAAAGCCAAGCAUGCUACAAAACAGUUGGAAGAAAAGGAAAAAGAACUGCAAAAGCUCAAUGCUUAUUAUAAGGAGCAAGUGACCAGACUUGAAGAUAGGAGUGCCCAAUUCUACAAGCUGACUGCUGAGCAAUAUCAGAAAGCUGUUAGUGAAGUGGAGUCCAAGUUCAAAAAGUACAAGUCACAACCCAUUUGUGCUGAACUCCAAGGGGAAGUCCUCCGCUGCUAUCAGAAGAACCCAGAGCAGACUCUCAGCUGUUCUGCAUUGGCCAAGCAGUACAUUCACUGUAUUAACUAUGCUAAACAAAUGCAGUACCUUCCUCUCCCAGCACUGGUGCCAGUAUAUUUAACAGUGAUUUCAAUGUGAUAAGAGAGCCUGCUGAGCAAAGGAGGUUAAAACAACCCACCAUCACAUCAAAAAGCCCUCAUCGUCAAUUUCAAUAACAGAACAUCUUUCAGGAGCACUCAAAGAAGCUCAGCAAAGCAUCGGGACAAUAUGGGAAAGAGGAAACAAAAGGCCAUUGUCACCACGGCAACAGCAGCAGCAAGCACCCUAAUUUAAUCAGUGGGGAUAUGUUUAGCAGGGUUGUGAAUGUCUUAACAACCUGUCAUGCUUAUAGUCCUACCAGGAAAAUGUUCAGCUUUUCUGUAAUUGAUCUGACCCAUGACAUUAAGUGGAAUCUCUUUGUUUUGUUUCGUAUGAGGCCUUUAAAAUGUUCUAACAAUAAUGCAAUUAAAUCUAUCUUUAAAAGAUCAAA